AUGGAAGACAUGCCCCUUGAAACCGAACCAUCAAAUGAAGAAGGUUCAACUGUUGGAAUAAAAAAAGGUAGAGGGAAGGCUAAGGGUAAAGAUGGAAAUGGCACUCCAAUUGUAAUACGUAGAGGAAGAUACACUCAUUGCCCAUUAGGGAUAUCUCAAGAUGUUUGGUCUAAACUGGUUGAUCAUUGGUUGCAGCCUACAUGGCAGGAUAAAAGUAAAAGAAACAAGUCUAAUAGGGUGAAAUCCACAAUUGUGCAUACCACAGUUUUUGUUCCAAUGGAAAAGUACAGAAAAGAUGAGCUUGAUCGAACUGGAAUUGAACCGAGUCCAAUUGAUUGUUUCAAAAAGUUCCAUGUAAGUAAGCCUAAGAAUGGAGGAGAAGAAAGUUGGCCAAAUGAAAAGGCUAAAGAACUUUUUGAAAAAAUGAAGAAUAAAAAUGUUGUUGCAACGGAAGACGAGAAUGAAGUAGAUGAUUGGGAUAUAUACAAGGAGGUUAUUGGUGGGCCAAGUCACGGUCGUAUUCUUGGCUUAGGUGGUGGCUAUAAAUGUGAAGAAGAGCAUGAGAAAUUAAAGGAGGAAGUGAAGGACUUGAAAAGUGUGCUGUAUGAAUUGAAAGAUCUAGUUCAAAGUAUGAGGGAAAACAACUCAAAUACUUAUGCACGCUCAAGACAAUCUGCUUUAAUGGACAAUGUAGAAAGUUGUUCAGAUGCUCACCUCGAAGACGAGUAG